AUGGCGGCGCGCCAGGACUAUGUGCCGCGUGAGUUGUUGGAGGCUUCAGCUGCGAUCGCCAGCCUGGGCCGGCGCGUGUUAUGGCGCGAGGGACUUGAAAUGCUGGACGCGGCGCUGGUGCACCGCGCGGUGCAGCCGGACCAGGUGGCGCGCAGCGCCGCCAUGGCGGGAGUGAGCCGAGGGGCGGAGUGGAGCUACGCCCCCUUGUUGUUGAGUUUCCUUUGGCGAGACUUGGUGGAGGUGCACCACUAG